AUGACCAUGUAUUUGUGGUUUAAACUUUUGGCAUUUGGCUUUGCCUUUCUGGACACAGAAGUAUUUGCCUCAGGUAAAGGCCCCUCACCUGCUCCCACCACUGCAUUCUCACUCGCAAGCAUCUCCGAAAGAGAAAAUGUCUCCUCAGAGACCGCAGCUCCUCCUAGUCCAGGCAAUACUUCAACCCACGUAUCUCUGACCUCUUUGGAUAAUGCUAGUGCUCUUAAAAUAACAGGUGUUCCAACAGCGCAGACGCCUUACUUUUCCACGCAUGCAGACUCGCAGGCGUCCUCUGACAGAGCUGACACCCAGACACUCAGCAGCCAAGCUGCUCUUACUGCACUCACGCUUACUCCCGGUGUCUCAGGGGACAGGAGUACAGCCAGCACCUUUGCUGCAGACACAGCUUUCCCAUCAGUAGCCACCCUCAGUCCUGCACACAACAGCUCUGCUGGCUUACCUGCACGCACCUCCAACAUCAUCACCAAAGAUGACUCCUCAGAUUCCAACGACACCAUGCUAUCCACUCCACGUCCUGAAGCUGUUGUCCAUACAUCCAUAACAACCACAAUGACAUCAGCCACGACAGUCACAACAACAGCUGUUACUCCAUCUAAGCCGUCAUGUGAGGAAAAAUAUCAAAGUAUCUCUGUGAACUACUCAUAUAACGGGACAAAUAAUACUUACAGUGCAAAGGUGGAUGCUUAUGAAGGAAAGAAAUGUGAACCUGAAAACUGUAUGAGCCAAACGUUUCAUGGCCUAGGAGAAUGUGAACUUGUUGAAGUUAAAAUAUAUAAUAGUUCAUGUGUUUCAUCUAAGAUGGUAGAAUUAGCUGUACCACCAGAGCCUCAAAAGUUACACUUAGUUGAUUGUACAAAGGAAGAAGAAGCAAAUACCACUAUUUGUUUAAGAUGGGAAAACAAUGGAAACUUUAAUUGUAGUGAAAGUCAAAUUUCAUACGAAUUUCAAUGUGAUAAUUCAACAUUUUAUGAGAAGCAAAUUGAAUUAAAAAACCUUGAACCCAAACAUAAUUAUACUUGUGAUUCAGAAGUAUUCUAUAAUCUUCAUAAGUUUAUCAGUACAAGUAAAAUUGUUGAAACAGAUUUUGGAAUUCCAGGAGAGCCUCAGAUUCUGGUUUGUCGUAAUGAAAGUUCACACGGAGGAGUAAUCACCUGGAAUCCCCCUCAAAAUUUAUUUCAUAAGUUUACUCUUUGUUAUCAUAAUAAGUCAGGUGAAUACUGCUUCAGUCUGAAUAAAAACGAGACCAGAUACGAUUUGAAAAAUUUAAAGCCUUUUACAAAGUAUAGUGUAUCAUUGUAUGCCUACAUCGAAGCAAAAGUGCAGCGUAAUGGAACUGCUGUGAAAUGCAAUUUUCGAACAAAUGCAGACCGUCCAGGUGAAGUUGUGAACAUGAGUGUCCUCCAGAAAUCAGAUAAUAGUAUGCUUAUUAUAUGUGAGGCUCCUAAGGACAUUAAUGGCCCCAAUGCAAGCUACCACUUGGAAGUUAAAACUGGAGAUACUCUAGUUAGACAUGAAUCAAAAGUUACCUGCAAUUUCCUUGUAGAAAAUCUUCAAUAUUCAACAAACUAUAAGUUUGAGGUAUAUUGUCACAAUGGGGAACACAGAGGACCUGAAGCUUCUAUUACUUGUUCAACAUCUUAUAAUUCUCAAGCACUGAUUAUAUUUCUGGCAUUUCUGAUUAUUGUGACAUCAAUAGCCCUGCUUGUUGUUCUCUAUAAAAUUUAUGACCUGCAUAAAAGACGAUCCUGCAAUUUAGACGAACAGCAGGAACUUGUGGAAAGGGAUGAUGAAAAACAGCUCAUGAAUGUGGAGCCAAUUCAUGCAGAUGCUUUGUUGGAAACUUACAAGAGAAAGAUCGCUGAUGAAGGAAGACUUUUCCUGGCUGAAUUUCAGAGCAUUCCACGGGUCUUCAGCAAGUUUUCUAUCAAGGAUGCUCGAAAGCCCUUUAACCAGAAUAAAAACCGUUAUGUUGACAUCCUUCCUUAUGAUUACAACCGUGUUGAACUCUCUGAGAUAAAUGGAGAUGCAGGGUCAAACUAUAUAAAUGCCAGCUACAUUGAUGGUUUCAAAGAACCCAGAAAGUAUAUUGCUGCACAAGGUCCCAGAGAUGAAACUGUGGAUGAUUUCUGGAGGAUGAUCUGGGAACAAAAAGCCACUGUUAUUGUCAUGGUUACUCGAUGUGAGGAAGGAAACAGGAACAAGUGUGCAGAAUACUGGCCGUCAAUGGAAGAGGGCACUCAGACUUUUGGAGAUGUUGUCGUAAAGGUCACCGAGCACAAAAGAUGUCCAGAUUACAUCAUUCAGAAAAUGAAUAUUACAAAUAAAAAAGAAAAAGCAACUGGAAGAGAUGUGACUCACAUUCAGUUUACCAGCUGGCCGGACCACGGGGUGCCUGAAGAUUCUCAUUUGCUCCUCAAACUGCGAAGAAGAGUGAAUGCUUUCAGCAACUUCUUCAGUGGUCCCAUUGUGGUGCACUGCAGUGCUGGUGUUGGGCGCACAGGCACCUAUAUUGGCAUUGAUGCCAUGCUAGAAGGGCUGGAAGCUGAGAACAAAGUGGAUGUUUAUGGUUAUGUUGUCAAGCUAAGGCGGCAGAGAUGCCUGAUGGUUCAAGUGGAGGCACAAUACAUCUUGAUCCAUCAGGCCUUGGUGGAAUACAAUCAGUUUGGAGAAACAGAAGUGAACUUGUCUGAAUUACACCCAUAUCUAUACAACAUGAAGAAAAGAGACCCACCCAGUGAGCCAUCUCCACUAGAGGCUGAAUUCCAGAGACUUCCUUCAUAUAGGGGUUGGAGGACACAGCAUAUUGGAAAUCAAGAAGAAAAUAAAAACAAAAACAGGAAUUCUAAUAUCAUUCCAUAUGACUUUAACAGAGUGCCACUUAAACCUGAACUGGAAAUCAGCAAAGAGAGUGAGCAUGACUCAGAUGAAUCGUCUGAGGAUGACAGUGACUCAGAGGAGACGAGCAAAUACAUCAAUGCUUCCUUUAUAAUGAGUUACUGGAAACCUGAAGUGAUGAUUGCUACUCAGGGACCAUUAAAAGAGACCAUUGGUGACUUUUGGCAGAUGAUAUUCCAAAGAAAAGUCAAAGUUAUUGUUAUGCUGACAGAGCUUAAGCAUGGAGACCAGGAAAUCUGUGCUCAGUACUGGGAAGAAGGAAAGAAAACAUAUGGAGACGUCGAAGUUGAUAUAAAAGACACAAACAUAUGUUCAACUUACACACUUCGUGUAUUUGAACUGAGACAUUCCAAGAGGAAAGAUUCUCGAACUGUGUACCAGUAUCAAUAUACUAACUGGAGUGUGGACCAGCUUCCUGUUGAGCCCAAAGAAUUAAUCUCUGUGAUUCAGAUCCUCAAACAAAAACUUCCCCAAAAGAAUUUCACUGAAGGGAAUAAGUACCACAAGGGUGUGCCUCUCCUGAUUCACUGCAGAGAUGGAUCUCAGCAAACAGGAAUGUUUUGUGCUUUGUUAAAUCUCUUGGAAAGUGCAGAAACAGAAGAGGUAGUAGAUGUUUUUCAAGUAGUAAAAUCUCUACGCAAAGCUAGGCCAGGAAUGGUUUCCACAUUUGAGCAAUACCAGUUCCUAUAUGACAUCAUUGCCAGCACCUACCCUGCCCAGAAUGGACAAGUAAAGAAAAACCAUCAAGAAGAUAAAAUUGAAUUUGAUAAUGAAGUGAACAAAGCAAAGCAGGAUGCUAAUUGUGUUAGUCCACUUGGUGCCCCAGAUACGACCCGUGAAGGAAACAAAGAGGCUAAAGGUUCUGCACCCACAGAUGGCACCGAGAUGCCCGAACAUUCUGCCAAUGGUCCUGAGAGUCCAGCUUUAACUCAAAAUACAUAG